GGGCUGCGAUUGGCGGGGCGGAGCAAGGCGGGGUGCGAUUGGCGGAUCCGGCGCGGUUGCGUCACAGAAGGAGGUGGCGAGGAGAAGAGGAAAAACAAAGAUGGCGGCCCGAGGCUAAGCUUCCUCCGCUCGACUGCUCGCCAGUGGUGGGGACAACAGACGGCGGACAACUUACCUCAGAAAAUACAUUGUCAAACCAAAGCGGCGCCAACCCGGUUAAAUAUAAAACAACAUUCGGGAGGGAAAGCGGGUGGGAGAAUGUCGGCGGUGGAGGAGAGGGAACCGGCACCCGCGGCGUCCUCGCCGGCUGGCGGGGCCAUGAUGAUGGCGGCAGCGGCCUCGGGGCCCUCCGACUCCCUGCAUCACGUCGGGGCGUCCAACUCAUCGCAAGAGACCAACCGGCCGGAGCUGGAGGAAGGGCCGAGCUCGAAGAAACGGGCCCGGCUGGAGCCUGAGUCGGGGUCGGCGUCCGGCUCGGCGGCGGGUUCUGGCUCGGGCUCCGGCUCGGCGGCAGGCGGCGCCAAGGCAGGGGGCGAGAACAAGCUGGAGGAGAGGCUGUACUCGGUGCUGUGUUGCACCGUGUGCCUGGACCUGCCCAAGGCUUCCGUCUACCAGUGCACGAAUGGUCACUUGAUGUGUGCAGGCUGCUUCAUUCACCUGCUGGCUGAUGCCAGGCUGAAGGAGGAGCAGGCCACCUGCCCGAACUGCCGCUGCGAGAUCAGCAAGAGCCUGUGCUGCAGGAACCUGGCCGUGGAAAAGGCGGUGAGCGAGCUUCCAAGCGAGUGCGGCUUCUGCCUGAAGCAGUUCCCACGCUCCAUUCUCGAGAGGCACCAGAAGGAGGACUGCCAGGACAGGGUGAUGCAGUGUAAGUACAAGCGGAUCGGCUGCCCGUGGCACGGACCCUUCCAUGAGCUGACGGCUCACGAGGGGGAGUGUGGCCACCCCACCAAGACCGGCAACGAGCUGAUGGAGAUCCUGGACGAGAUGGAUCAAAACCACAAGAAGGAGAUGCAGCUCUACAAUAGCAUCUUCAACCUCCUCAGCUUUGAAAAGAUAGGAUACACAGAAGUCCAGUUCCGGCCCUACCGAACAGACGACUUCAUCACCAGGCUGUACUACGAGACGCCCCGCUUCACGGUGCUCAACCAGACGUGGGUGCUGAAGGCACGCGUCAACGACUCCGAACGCAACCCCAACCUCUCCUGCAAGCGCACCCUUUCAUUCCAGCUCAUCCUCAAGAGCAAGGUCAACUCGCCCAUGGAGUGCUCCUUCCUCCUCCUGAAAGGCCCCUACGACGAUGUCAAAAUCAACCCUGUCAUCUACCACUUUGCUUUCACCAACGAGAGCAACGAAACAGACUACUUGCCGCUGCCUAUCAUAGACUCAGUCGAAUGCAACAAACUGCUCGCGGCCAAAAACAUUAACCUGAGGCUCUUUAUAUUUCAGAUACAGAAGUAAGGGCGGUGGGGACUUGGGGAGGGGUGGGGGAGGAGGCAGCAAGAACAGAGUGGGCACCAUCGAACCAUAGUACCUCGAAAAAGCCAGCCAACACCAGUCAGUAGUUUAAACACAAGAAGAAUCCUUCACAGUAAGGGACAAAAAAAAACCAAACAACCCCCCAAGAAACAAAUAUCUACUCACUGCAUGUGGUCGUGACUACCCGGGACUGAGAGUUACUGUUGUUCAGAAGCCUCACGUACAACGGGUGUUACGGGAGGGAGAGGAAACAUGGAGUGUCUGCAUGGAGUCCAGCGGGGUAAGCCAUCUGAGCAGCGGUCAGUACUGAGCCUGCAGUUCAGUGGCAAACUGUGCAUCCUACACACCCCCCCCCCCCCCCCCCCCCCCCGUCACCCCAUCGUGCCCGGUUGUCUCUGUGUGUGGGGGGGCCGUCAUUGCCUGUCCCCUUUACAUCACCUUCCCCCCCCCCCCAGCUCCCUGUUCCCAGUGCCAGCGGUUUGGGGCGCUCCACACCACAGCCUCCUCCAGUCACUUCUCCAAGGACAAACAGAACCAAAAAGACCCAGUGCCAGACACUUUGUGGUGUGGUGCUCGAGAAGGAAAGGCAGUACACUACACUCAAGGGUGCAGGCACAGAGUGGGGGGGGGGGGGGGGGGAGAUCACCCAGCUAACAUUGGAAUCCCAGGGAACACAGCACGAACAGAGGCCACUUGGCCCCUCCUGACCAUGCUGGCAGUUAAUAAACAAACAGAUUUAUCCCACCUCCAGCUCUCCGCACCUGGCAACAGGCAGUCCAGGGACUCUCUAAAUACAACCAGGAUCUCUGUGCUACCACUCUUUCUGGCACAGUUUCCAACCUCCUCGUCCUCUGGGUGAGGCAAGUUAUUCAGCAUCUUCCAUUUAAUCCUUUUAUAUAUUACUGGAAAUCUCUGCCCCCACCACCCUCCUUGGUUUUUGGGAAAUAAAUCCUUCCUGUGCACCCUGUCUCGAUCACUCAGAACUUUCCUCAGUUGCAUUGAAUGGCCCAGCCUGGUGGUGAAGAUGCAGACGCAUAGAUCGCUCCCAGUGAUCAAUGGGAGCCACGGCCCCAGUUCCACUGCAGUGUCUGGCAACCCAAACACACAGCGCCAGGCCGCACCCUGCCCAGCACAUGGAGGCUGGGGACAGUGCGGCCCAAACACACAGCACCAGGCCGCACCCUGCCCAGCACAUGGAGGCUGGGGACAGUGCGGCCCAAACACACAGCACCAGGCCGCACCCUGCCCAGCACAUGGAGGCUGGGGACAGUGCGGCCCAAACACACAGCACCAGGCCGCACCCUGCCCAGCACAUGGAGGCUGGGGACAGUGCGGCCCAAACACACAGCGCCAGGCCGCACCCUGCCCAGCACAUGGAGGCUGGGGACAGUGCGGCCCAAACACACAGCACCAGGCCGCACCCUGCCCAGCACAUGGAGGCUGGGGACAGUGCGGCCCAAACACACAGCACCAGGCCGCACCCUGCCCAGCACAUGGAGGCUGGGGACAGUGCGGCCCAAACACACAGCGCCAGGCCGCACCCUGCCCAGCACAUGGAGGCUGUGGACAGUGCGGCUUGUGUGGCCAUAAACUACAGUCAACCAACUCGGCCGUGAAUGCCCCUCACCCUGGACACACGGUACCCUGAACAGUCGCACCACCCCCGACGUUGGAUUUCAUCCAACCUACAGCGCACACGCAUGCUGUCGAGGCUCUACCAUCGUUCCCCCUCCACCUAGGCCACUGCCCAUCCUUCUUCGUCUCACCCUUCGGUAGAGUAUUCUUCCCCUUCUCCCCAGUAAACCCACCUGCCCGACUCUCCUCACCUCUCCCUUUGGGAAGGAGCUCCACAUUCCCACCCCUGUCCAAUGUCCCCAAGUAGAUUAAUCAGUGGAUGUCUGAUAUUUAUGUCCUCUUGCCCAACCCCCCCCCCCCACCCCCACUGAUGGACAUAUUCCCUCUGUACGCCUGGUGAAAGCCCCUGUAGCAAUCUCGAUGACCGUGAUAAGGUCACCUUUUAACUGCCUCUUUUCCAGAGGAAAGAGAUCUAAUCUGUUCAGCUAUUCCCGACAGCCGAAACUUCUCAAUCACAAAAGGCUUUAACGCCACCUCCAGUUGUAUAGAGCGAUACUUGGAGCUGAACACAUACCAAUUCCACAUUGUCACUGCGUGGCGAGCUCUUACCCUCCUUUAGUAGUGAUUCUGGACAGUUACACAAGAAGAUGUCCUUACCCUGACUAUACAAUGGCUCAGUAAUUACACAGUUGGGUGUCCUUGCCCUGACUGUACACUUACAUAAGGACUGACCCUGGGUAAUGUGCACAGGGAAGUGAACGCCUAGUGGCUCUGUAAGGAUCCGUCACCACACUGAACGGACGGUCCCUCCACACUAUUAUCGCAACGACUGUUGUGACUCGCACUUUAACCCUCCCACAUCCUGCUGGCCAGACUAGAACUGUGUACAGUUGCACAACGGGCGGUUUUAACUGGCCCCUUUAACCCUUGUCCUGCUGAUUGAACUGAAAUUCUGAACGGUUAAAGAAGCAAAUGUGACUGAGGCUUUGGGGUCUUUGUCUGGUACCAAAACAAUAUUGUUGGUUCUUACCAUUUAUUUUCUGUACCCACUUGUAUUGUAUAGUUCAAAUACCAUAAAAUCUAGAUUAUAAUUCG